AUGGGCUCCAGGGUGGCGGUCCUGCUCUGCGUCCUCCUGGUGUGUGUCUGCUGCUCCAGAGGAGCGGUCAUCACUGGGGCGUGUGAGAGAGAUGUGCAGUGUGGCUUCGGGAUGUGCUGUGCUGUUAGUCUGUGGUUGAGGGGUUUGAGGAUGUGCGUGCCCAGAGGAGACGAAGGGGAGGAAUGCCACCCAUUUAGCCACAAGGUGCCCUACGUAGGAAAAAGGCAGCACCACACCUGCCCCUGUCUCCCCCACCUGGUCUGCACGAGCUACACAGACACCAGGUACAGGUGUACUUACGACUUCAAGAACAUGGACUUUUGAAGAAUCUCCUCAGACCAUGAGGAACAGUGAAAAGAGUUGCAAAUGGACCUACAGUAACCCAAAGUUUCCAGGAGAAACACCAACCCUAACCCUAACCCAACGAUGGAGCAGAAAAAAACAUCCUGUCACUUUGACCUCAC